GCGCCGGGGCUUGGGAUGUUGGCGAAUAGACCAUCGGGAGUCGCCGCCCUCUGAGGGAAGUUGUCUGGAGAUCGCCGUUCACCUGCGGGGAAACGGAAUCGCGGACUGGAAGGUUCGGGGGCUGGUGUAUCGGAGGCUGAUGUGGGGAGAUUUUCAACAGGGGUUGCCCUUCCCUGCUCCGGAGCCGCAGUGGUGAAGCCGAGGCCAUCUUUGGUGGGAGACGGCAGCUCGGAAUUUCCACCUGGGCCGCGUAGCCUGGCCGCCCGCGGGGUGGGUGGGCGCCGAGUCGUACUCCGCGCUUGCCAGCCCGGCCCGGGCAUCGCGGUCUCAGGAGGCGAGGCCACCUUUCUCGCAGCGCCAAGAUUUCUUUGAUUUUUUUUUUUUUAUCCCUCACUGUCUUCUGAAAGAGCACCUGCUGCUGGUGAGAGAGAAAGGUUUUUCAGCACUAGGAGUCAACAUCAAAAUUAAAAACAUCACCUGCAGUAACCCUCAGGAAAAACCCCUCCAGGAAACAAGAGAAAAGGAAAUAAAUAGAUUGACUGAAACAGGAGAGCCCGGUCGGUGCUGUUGGAGCAGGCGAUUUUUUAAUACUGCUUUCUAAGUUCUGGACAACUUUCCUGUCUUCAGAUACUUUUGUAGUAACUUUAUAUGAUUUUGUAAAUUGCUCUGAUUUGAACUGCAAUCCUGUUUUUACGGUAUUUACUGGAGUUUGGCCGGUUUCUUGUGCUCCUUUUGGUAGCAUUUCGGGGAAAACCUGUCAUCACCCAAACCCUACAAGGCAAAAAAGGAUCCCAACACGGACCCAGAGUCACCCAAGUAGCCUUGGAACAAUGUGGACUUUUCUUGGCAUUGCUACUUUCACCUAUUUUUAUAAGAAAUGCGGAGACUUCGUCUCCUUGGCCAACAAGGAGCUCCUGCUGUGCGUGCUGGUGUUCCUCUCGCUGGGCCUGGUGCUCUCGUACCGCUGUCGCUACCGAAACGGGACCUUUCUCGGGCGCCAGCAGAGCGGAUCCCAGUUUGCCGCCUUCUCGGAUAUUAUGUCAGCCUUGCCCUUCAUUGGCUUCUUCUGGGCCAAAUCCCCUCCUGGAUCAGAAAAUAAAGAGCAGCUUGGGUCUAGGAGGCGCAAAAAAGGAGCCAGUAUUUCAGAAACAGCCUUGAUAGGAGCAGCAGCCUCUGCAUCAACAUCUUCUCAAAAUGAUCCAGAAGUUAUCAUUGUGGGAUCUGGUGUCCUUGGCUCUGCUUUGGCAGCAGUCCUUUCCAGAGAUGGAAGAAAGGUGACAGUAAUUGAGAGAGAUUUAAAAGAGCCUGACAGGAUAGUUGGAGAAUUUCUGCAGCCAGGUGGUUAUCACGUCCUUAAAGACCUUGGACUUGAAGAUGCAGUAGAAGGUAUUGAUUCCCAGGUUGUACAUGGCUACAUGAUUCAUGAUCAAGAAAGCAAGUCAGAGGUUCAAAUUCCUUACCCUCUAUUGGAAAACAAUCAAGUGCAGAGCGGAAGAGCUUUCCAUCAUGGAAGAUUCAUCAUGAGUCUUCGGAAAGCAGCCAUGGCAGAGCCCAAUACAAAGUUUAUCGAGGGCAUUGUACUACAGUUAUUAGAAGAAGAUGAUGCUGUGGUGGGAGUUCAGUACAAAGAUAAAGAAACUGGAGACAUCAAGGAACUGCACGCUCCAUUGACUGUUGUUGCAGAUGGACUUUUUUCCAAGUUCAGGAAAAACCUGACCUCCAAUAAAGUUUCUGUUUCAUCUCAUUUUGUUGGCUUUCUUAUGAAGAAUGCACCACAAUUUAAGGCAAAUCAUGCUGAACUUAUUUUAGCUAACCCAAGCCCAGUUCUCAUCUACCAGAUUUCAUCUAAUGAAACUCGAGUACUUGUUGACAUUCGAGGAGAAAUGCCAAGGAAUUUAAGAGAAUACAUGGUUGAAAAAAUUUACCCACAAUUACCUGAUCACCUGAAAGAACCAUUCCUAGAAGCCACUCAGGAUUCUCGUUUGAGAGCUAUGCCAGCAAGCUUCCUUCCUUCUUCACCAGUAAACAAACAAGGGGUUCUUCUUUUGGGAGAUGCCUACAACAUGAGGCACCCUCUUACGGGGAGUGGGAUGACUGUUGUCUUUAAAGACAUUAAGCUGUGGAGAAACAUGCUAACUGGUAUUCCUGACCUUUAUGAUGAUGCCGCUGUUUUCCAGGCCAAAAAAUCAUUCUAUUGGACAAGAAAAAUGUCUCAUUCCUUUGUUGUGAAUAUCCUUGCUCAGGCUCUUUAUGAAUUAUUUUCUGCUCCAGAUGAUUCCCUGCAUCAACUAAGAAAAGCUUGUUUUCUUUAUUUCAAACUUGGUGGAGAAUGUGUUACUGGUCCCGUUGGGCUGCUUUCUGUAUUGUCUCCUAACCCUCUAGUUUUAAUUGGACACUUCUUUGCUGUUGCAGUCUAUGCCACAUAUUUUUGCUUUAAAUCAGAACCUUGGAUUACAAAACCCCGAGCCAUUUUCAGUAGUGGUAUUGUAUUGUACAAAGCAUGUUCUGUAAUACUUCCUCUAAUUUACUCAGAAAUGAAGUACUUGGUUUAUUAAAGAGGAACAGUUUGUGAAUCUGUAUUUGGAAUUCACCAAGUCCUGAGAGACUUUUGGAAAGCGUAUAUAUAGCAUAGUACUACACCACUUCUAAAGUGGAAACUCUUGGACUAAGAUUGGAAUUAAUUUGUUUUUGAAGUUAUUUGUACAUAAACAUGUAAACAUAUACUUUGAUUUGCAAAUUAAAAUGAAGGGCAAAGGAAAAUAACUGUUUAAAGGAAAUGACUGUUACCAUAAAUUAGUGCUAAUAGUGAGGACCUGCGGUUUAUCUUUUGAAAUUCAGUAGUUGGGAUGAGUCACUGUGGGUGUCACUUGAAUAAAAUGAAGAAUGGA